UGUGCUGCUUUUUUUUUUUAAAUUUUUGCUUGUUGCUAGCUUCGCUUAUCAGGACUGUUAGUUAAUGUUUUGGGUGAAUGGAUGUGGACCUAAUGUCCAACAUUAGUAUUGCUUCAUUGAUGCGUGGUUUGUGUUGACUAUAGCAGCAUUCGUAAGUAGAAGUGUUCAAUUUCAUUGACUGCAUUCCUCUUUAUGGUUUGUAGGAAAAUGUGGAUGUAUGCAUAGGUGUUGCCAUUCUUUGUUAUUUUGUGUAGUAUUUUAUGCAAUAUGAUAAGACAACAUGGUCAACGUAAUUAAUCUUGUGAGACGUGCAUUGUAGGGUUCAACACGGUUGAUAUGUGGAACGGUGAAUGUAGCAAUCUGCAUCGAAAUGAUGAUUACAUAAUCGAGCAAGCAGAAGAUCAAGAGGACCAAUAGAAUGAUGUAGUCGUUGAAGCAGCGCGACGUACAAUGGAAUAUUACGUAAAGUACAUGGACAAGAUUCCAUGUCGAACUUCAAUUUUAACCGGUCGUGCAUGGAUUGAAGAAUUAUUUGAUGGACACUUAGGUAGGGGUGAAGAAAAUUUGCAUAUGCCUCUGUAUGUGUUUAAAGCGUUAUGUCAUACAUUACGACGAGAUUUUGGUUUACGGGUACCUAAAAGACCUCAUGGAUUACACAUUGAAGAAAGUGUUGCCAUGUUCAUACAUACCUUGGCCGGCUACCAAAAUCGAAGCAUUCAAGAGCGGUUUCAGCACUCGGGAGAAACGGUUUCUCGACAUUUUCAUGCAGUGUUGGAUGCAAUGAAAUUGUUCACAGAACAGCAUUGCAAGCCCACCAGAGCUCAAACUAGUAGGCAUCCCAAAUUACGUUCAAGAGGCAAAUACAUACCGUUCAAGAAUUGUAUAGGUGCGUUGGAUGGAACUCACGUAGAAGCUGUGUUGCCUGUCCGUGAUGCAGCCACAUAUUACAGCCGAAAAGGGUAUCCAACCCAAAAUAUACUAGCUGUGGCAGACUUUGACAUGUGCUUCAUUUUUAUUUCCUGCGGCUGGGAUGGAAGCAUGCAUGAUAGUCGCAUUUUUAAGGAAGUAAUUGAAAAUCAGCGUGUACCGUUUCCGCACCCACAAGAAGGUAAAUAUUACCUUGUCGAUGUGGGAUAUCCAAACAAGAAGGGGUACCUGGCACCAUUCAAAGGGUCUCGGUAUCAUCAAGCACAAUUUCGGGAACAUGGACAACCCGAUAACCAGAGAGAAAUGUUUAACGAAGCGCAUGCAUCACUACGGAGUGUAGUGGAAAGGACUUUUGGAGUGUGGAAAUCUCGGUGGAAGUUCCUGCACAACAUGCCAGACUAUGAUUUUGCGACGGUGCAAGUGCCGUUGGUCGGUGCAUCAAUGGCCUUACACAAUUUUAUUCGUAGGCACGAGAUAGCUGCCUUGGGCAACGACAGACAAUAUUUUGUUUCAUCAGCCCCGGAUGACAUGCCAGACGUUCACACUGGCGGACAGAAUCUCGAUGAUGGGCUCAUGGUUGGGGAUACAGAUGUGGAUAUGGCAAGAGUUCGUGUUCGCAUACGCGACCAUUUUUUUAUAUACGCAGGUUGGGACUAUUGUGAAAAUGAUGUUUUCGAUGUGGAAAUUUGUAUGGGGAUUAGCAUUGUAGAUUCAUCUGUAUCAGGUCUUGGUGGUUGCCCCUACGCUAAAGGUGCUUCUGGGAAUGUUGUGUCUGAGGACCUUGUUUAUAUAUUAAAUGGGCUCAGAGUUGAGACCAAUGUGGAUCUCCGAAAGGUCAUGUUGGCUGGGGAUUUCAUCUGUAAACAUUUGGGCCAAUCCUCUGGUUCAAAGACCGCAAUUGCAUUGAGCUGA